CGAACGCGUUGCCAUACAACUGGAAGGAAAGGCCAAGCAACAACGGGUCUCAUGAAUGUGCACAAAAUCUAGUUGACCCGUCGAGUCUAAGUCCAUAUUUUGCCCUAACCCCCUCCCCGCCUUUCGCCACACCCUACCCGCCAAGGAAGCCUCCGUGACAAUGACGCCAUAGCUCGGACGGUAUCGCUUUCUACUCAACUCAGGUGUCACCAGGGACAGGUAACGACAGGUGGAUCGGGAGAAGUCAUGGAGCGAGUUUGGCUUGUUCUGGCGAUCAUCGCUGCUUUCGGGACACGGGGCACUUACCAGGACAUUAUAACCAUUCCCAAGGGUGUUAUAGACGACCACUGUAACCAAACGGUGAGCAACCCGGAAGAUGCCGGCUACGUCCAGACCCAGACUGACCUGACGGACUUCCUGAGGGUGACCGGAUAUGACGACAAUGCCGACUGUAGCAUCACUUUGGUCGCUCCAGCCAACCGCAAGUUCCUCAUACAGUGGACACAGCCAAUCGACUUCGAGUAUGCGGACGGCUGUCGGGACUGGGUUCGUGUUCACGAUGGGUACGAGAACGACACGUCACUGUACGCCCAGGGCGAGCUGUGUUUAUUUGAAUCAGUGGAGCAGACCAACAACCUGACUAAAGCCACGUCAGGGAACGUGGUGACCGUCACCGUGCACACUGACUCCAACGCCUCCGAUAACAAGGGCUUCAAGCUGCUGUACACCGUCUUCUACGACCCCGACAACGGCUCGUGUUCAGGUACUGACUACCUGUGUUCUAACGACCGCUGUGUCUCGGAGUCCGUCAAGUGUGACUUCCAGAACCACUGUGGGGACAACUCCGACGAGUCCAAGACACUGGCGUCUUGUCCUGACCUGCCGGAUGUGGUGAUUAACUUCAUCACGAACGUGCUGAAGCUGAGCGUGGGGGCGUUCAUCGGGAUCUGCGUGGCCAUCGGGCUGGUGCUCAUCCUCAUCAUCGUGCUCUGCAUCUGCUGCUGCUGCAAGUGCUGCGGCUGCCUCCAGUCUACCAGCGCCGCGCCGGUACCCAGAAGCCGACAGGCCCGACUGAAGAAGACAUACAAAACAUCACAACAGAAGAAGACUGUCUAAAAUCAGCACCCCUCCAUGUGUAAUCUUGUUUUCAUGUCGGAAAGUUUAUCAUUUUCUGGACCAGUGUUAGUGGCCCACAUAGUGGUGGUCGUAUAACUCUUUAUCAUUGUAAUUCAGAUUUUUCGACAAACAUAGCUUACAUCAUAUCUUUGAAAUUUUGUUAAUGAAUUUAAAGCUACUCAAAUUUUUCACAUUGUUGAAUUUUCCCUUUCUCAAACGUCUGAAGUAUUUUUUUCAAAGGUUAAAAUUAUCUUGGAUGUUUUACACGAAAUGAACGGAAUAAACUGUUUCUAUGA